AUGCAGUUGACGUGGGACCUGGGAAUGGACCAUGUCCGGUCCUGGGUCCUCAGCGGCGAUUAUGAGCUGGACGACUCUUUCGACCGCCCCUUUGCCUGGAGUUCUACCAUCGUCACUGGCCUCUCCGAGGCUGCCAUUGUGCCUCAGCCUGAUGAUGCAAGUGCUCGUUCAGACGCGGGAGACACUGAGACCUCUCUCGCCUCAGAGUUGACUCCAGCUUCCAGUGCCCAGGCUUCGUCUCCCUCUCUCUUUAAACUCGCCCCAGCCUUGAAGGAGCAGCAAUUCCUCUCUGUGGCGGACCAUGUCGACGACCCUCUGAUCCCGAAGCAGAAGGACAUCCGCCGCAUCUUCAACAAUGGCCGUCAGACUUGGCAACACUUUCUCAGCCAGGCCCUGGCCCUACCAAGAGGCUUCUUCCCCCCCGGCCUAGACCCGUCCAUCAUGCUCCAGGAUAUGCCGCCGCUCCCCAACACGGUCCCGUCAAAGGGCGUCCUGGCCGGAGCCCCCACCUGGCUCGUCCCGGAGCCCGAGCCCUGUCAACCGCCGCCCGCCCAACCGUCCGCUCGGGACCGCCCACCACACCUCGACCUCAACAAGGUUACCGGCACCACAAAGUAUUUCCGCCUUUCCUACCCCGAACCCAUCGACUGCCUCAUCUCUUCGGAUCCGAGCGCCUCCCACUAUGGCAAUCCCUCUGGCAGCGCAGACGCGUCCAACGCCCCGCAAGGCCUUGCCAUCUUGACCAUGUGCUGGUCCUACAUCUUCUCCACCCGGCUACUGCAACUCCAGAAGAGAAGGGCCCACUUCACUGACUCCUGCCUCCGCCCAAUCCCGAUCAACGCGGUUGGUGACCUCGCGCAGAGCGAGAUCCUGGUCCAGCUCCCCAGCGAGGCCUCCUUGCGUCUAGUCCACUGGCUCUCUGCCAUUCUGGCGCCAAAGCCGGGCUGGGCUCCUGAUGACGAAGAAGGUGCAUGCUCACCUUGGGAUGCGCGAUGCACGGGAGAUGUGCGGUUCGUCAUUGCUACCGAAGAGCAGGUCACGAUUGACUCUGAUGCUGAGCCUCCGAGCCCAUCGGAGGCUACCGAGCUGCUUAUUGAGUUUUGCAAUUUGUUCGGCAUCGGCCAUGAACCCUGCCGAUCAAGAGAUCCUAGCCCCCUGUCGCCCAUCAAAGCUGCCUUCCUUGCAACCCUCGCGAUUCCCUUCUAUCGCAUGGCGAAGCUGCAGCCACAUCUUCCUAGACCGUCUCUGAAGCUGCGCAAGACGACGGGGCUAGAUGAGGGCCAGAAGACGGACAUCCGGCGGUAUGCUGGGGAAGCCCACUACUACAUGACGCUGAGCAUGCACCCUUACGCUCUGGGCCCAGUCCUCUGGAGCAUCUUUUGGCAGCCCGACAUCCAAUGCAACCUCGUCAGCCCGUGGCUGGCUGCCAUCUCCAGCGUCAUCCGCCCCGCCUUCAACUACUGCGACUUUGAGAUGCUGGUAAAGAUCUUUGCGCUCCGCCGACCCCGCGUCGCGCUUUGGUGGCACGGCCUCUUCCUGCUUGGCAACCCCAAGAUCCUUGACUUUAUCCACAACUACCUCACCACCCUCGACGAGGGCUGCUUCUACGACACCCUGUCUCGCCCCGACAUCGUCACCGCCGCUUGGACAGGGGCUCCCCAGUCAUAUCAGGAUGACCUCUCCUCCACCGCCUACCAUCAUCUCAACGAUGCCGUUCCCCGCGCUGCUCUCUUGCAGCACCGCCACACGCUGACCCUCCGCGACCCAUGGCCUCUCUUCUACGGAUGGCGGCCGUUUGGAUCCGUUCCCAAGGAUACUAUCGAGCCGGAUCUCUACCCUUGGCUGGAGCAUGGCCAUAACCGUGAGUAUAACCACUGGACCUGGUGGUCCAAGGAUGAUGCUUCCGUUGAGCCAUCUGUGCAUGCCGGCUACCGCAAGGAGACUGGGCGCUUCGACCCGACCGUCCCCGACAACCUCGAACUUCUUCCCGCCCACGACUCCUCGGCCCCUCUUCCUCCUGCUACCGUCCUGCCCAUUGCCUUUGAGCCCUCGCGACGAGCCACUCUGCAGAUGAUUAACCACUCGCUUGGCAACAUUGUUGGUGAGCGCAGCGUCAGCACUGCUGUAAUUCCUGAUCUGAAGCAGUCUCACCCCUGGCUCAAGGACUGGACGCCUGUCUAA